CAAAAAAAUUAUAAUUUAUUCUAUAACUAAAUACCCUAAUUUACCGAUAUACAAUGUGACUUUUAUAUAAUACUGCUAUUUUAUCCUUUUAUCCUACCUACUGGCAAAACUUGCAAACAAAAACAGUUUUAUUAAUAAUUAUUAACAACAAAAGUAAUUCGUGUUCUCUAACAUUCGCACACCUUUAAUUAAUCGAUGGUGGAUGGUUUCGUUUGGUUCGCAUGGGAUACAAGCGUCCUUAUGCACCCGAAUUUUUUUUGCAUGGCAUGUAAUUUGAAUAUCGACUUAAUAAAAGAGGUUAAAUCUUACAGUAUCAUAAUAUAAUUGUCACAAAAAUGUGCAAUAUUUUUUAUUUCGAAAAAUAUUAAAUUAAUUCAACCAAAAAUACAUUUUACAAGGAAAGUUGCUUGUUCGAGAGUGAGACGAAAACCAAAUUUAGCUUUACAUCACAAUAGAGGGUUAUCCAAAAGAGAACCAUGUUUCCAUGGCCCCUUUGAGUGUGUAAUGUAUUAAUGUUGGCUGUGUAAAAUAAAUAAAUAUAGGAACGCAGGAACAACAUAGCGUUGACACUUGACAUAAGCGACUACUAAAAAGAGAGAAAACGAAAAUUAAGUAACAAAAAUGUUAAGGUUUAAUACUACUAUAAGUUUUACAUCAAAAGUAAAAGUCAAGAUGAGAGGUCCACAAUUGAGCUAAUGCACCUUUUGCCACUUUCGGGUAUUAUUCGUUUGUACCAAAACAAAAAUGUAAGUAAUAUGUAUACUUUUCUCAAAGGAAAAUGAGGUAUAUAUCGCCUUUUCUGUAAUAUUUUAGAGCACAUGCCUUGUAUAUUCUACAUGCGUCGCAAAAUUGCGACCCAUAUGAACCAUGACGAAGAAUUGGAAUUAUUCAUUUCACUAUAAUCUAAAUUCAAUUAGUUCAAGAGAAUAUAAAGGUACACGUACUAUAUUUUCUCUGAAAAAGACGGAUAAUAUUCUGCAAUAUCUUACUUUCACACCGCUUGUUUUGUAUAUAUUCCCGGCACAGAACUGCGACCCAUACAAAACAUAAUGAAAAACUAUAUCACUAUAAAUUUAACAAUUGGAGUGUUGACCUAGAACAAAAUUGUGCGGUUGGAAUCGUUUAAAACAAUUAAGAUCAUUUCGUAGUUUAUUACCAUGACCUAGACAACAAAAAAUGUUUCAUCACCUGAACUUGAAGUUCCAAACACCAAUGGAAAAGGAUUAAUAAAAUUUAUUGGUUAGGAAUAAAUUAUAUAUAGUACAAUUAAGUGGAUUAGACUUUUUCUUAAAAUAUAUAAGAUAGUGGAUAAUAAUUAGCAUUGUUAAACUUAUAACUUCGCAAGUACGUACGUUCGAAUAAUCUCUAUGUCCACUAAGCUUAAAUGGUGUGUUUUUUUAGUAUACCAUCGAGAAUAUUCAACUAAAUUCAGUAUUUGGUAGUUUUAAUUAUAUGAAUGUGGAUUGUGGAAUAUUUUCUUGUAUUUUAAAUCAUUAUAGAACAAUUGUAGCUUAGGUUUCAUUUUAUACAUGAGUAAACAAAAUGAAUCGUACGAAUAUUUUUUUUCGUGGCCGAGUGGAGAACAAAAUUUAGUCACAAAUUUCAAAUAAAUCUUAAUUUAAAUCAGUGGUUACUGAAGCAAAUAAUCAUCCAACUAGUUCGACAGAAGUAUAAUUCCGCCCGUUGACAUAUGCAACUUUUUCAUCACUACAUUACUUUUUUGUUGUUAGUUCAGGCCGGUCCAUAAAAUCGUCCGAGUGAUGACUGACCGGGUUAUUAGGUAUUCGAUAGCAGUUCAUGAUAUAUAGUAUUGGCUUAUAUUAGUACAUCAUUACUCGGAUUCAAACAUACAUAAUAAUACUCAGACUUUUUGAGACCUUUGACGUAUAUCAUCCAAAAUCACAUUAAUAUGAUAAUUAGACACAUUAAAGUAUUCAUGUUCUUAGUCACAUGAUAUUAGCCAAUUACUAACUGAUCAGAUUAGCUUAGAGAGUAGAAGAAAGUAUACUUGUACACGGUUCACAUUUACACAUCUUAAUUGAGGAAUUUUCCCUUUGUUCGAUAUCUUCUACUUAGACAUAAACACACAAUCGACAGAAUGAAUCCAAACAUUAGUUACACGAUGAUUUGAUCAAAAGAUGGAUUAAAAAAAAUUCACAUGGUCGUGAAGAUGUAACUGGGUUAAGGCUGUGGCCCAAUUCACGGCCCAUAUUUAAUUUAGGCCCACGGGUUUAGAUUAUUCUCCAAGCAAAUAAAGAAACGUGUCCACUCGGAAAAGAAAAUUUCAUUUUUAUAAAAACUCUCUCUUCCGCUUAAACCCUAAGAGCUUAGCCACCACCGUGGGGUUUAUCGUCGUCGGCGAACCCAGAAACCGACCGUCAAAGAUUUAACCUUUAGCUCUGUUUCUCAAUCUCAGAAAAAGGGUUCUUCUCAAAUCUCUUCCUUGGCGUUUGUUGGUAACCCAAUGGCUAGAUGGUUUCCUUUCUUCUCCUCUUCUCCUCCUCCUCCGUCAGAUUCUCCGGCGAAUCAAUCCUCGUCGGAGUCCAAAACAGAGCGCGAUGAGCCCAAAGGCUCGGGCUUUGAUCCCGAGGCUCUGGAGAGAGCUGCUAAGGCUCUUAGAGAGAUCAACAGCUCUCCUCACUCCAAACAGGUGUUUGAUCUCAUGAGGAAGCAAGAGAAGACUCGAUUAGCUGAGUCAGCAGCUGACAAGUCUCGUAACGAUGCUAUUCAAGCACACAGUGAUAUCGAGAGACAGCAGAGAUUAGCCGAGGCACAGAGAAGUCUUUUGCAGACAGAAGCACUAACCAAAGCUCAGACUCUUCGGUACGAGGACGAGUUAGCCAGAAAGAGACAGCAGACAGAUCACGAAGCUCAGAGACAUCACAACGUUGAGUUGGUGAGGAUGCAAGAGGAGUCUUCCAUGAGGAAAGAGAGAUCGAGGAUUUCAACAGAAGAGCAGAUCCAAGCUCAGCGACGCCAGACCGAGAAAGAGAGAGCUGAGCUCGAGCGAGAGACGAUCCGCGUCAAGGCCAUGGCUGAAGCUGAAGGGAGGGCUCACGAGGCCAAGCUUACAGAGGAUCAGAACAGAAGGUUGCUUAUGGAGAGGAUAAACGGUGAGAGGGAGAAGUGGCUAGCUGCGAUCAACACAAUGUUUGGUCACAUCGAAGGAGGGUUCAGGACUCUGUUAACGGAUCGGAAUAAGCUGAUUGUGGCUGUUGGAGGUGCUACAGCGUUGGCUGCAGGUGUUUACACUACUCGUGAAGGAGCUAGAGUUACGUGGGGAUACAUUAACAGGAUGCUUGGGCAACCAUCGCUUAUCAGAGAAUCUUCAAUGGGUAGAUUUCCAUUGGCAGGCACAAUGUCUCAUUUGAAGAACAGAAUCUCAGGGGUAGCAGCUGCAUCUGCAGCCAAAGGAUCAAAGCCGCUUGACAAUGUAAUUCUCCAUCCUUCUUUAAAGAAGCGAAUCGAGCAUCUCGCUAGAGCUACAUCUAAUACCAAGUCACAUCAAGCACCGUUCCGCAACAUGAUGUUUUAUGGACCUCCUGGUACUGGUAAAACUAUGGUGGCAAGAGAAAUAGCUCGAAAAUCGGGUCUGGACUAUGCUAUGAUGACAGGAGGAGAUGUUGCUCCCUUGGGAUCACAAGCUGUUACUAAAAUCCAUCAGAUCUUUGAUUGGGCUAAGACGUCUAACAAAGGUUUACUUCUUUUCAUUGAUGAAGCUGAUGCUUUUCUAUGCGAACGUAACAGCGUUUACAUGAGUGAGGCUCAGCGUAGUGCCUUGAACGCUUUACUCUUCAGAACCGGUGAUCAGUCCCGAGACAUUGUUCUUGUCUUGGCUACCAACAGACCUGGAGAUCUCGACAGUGCGGUUACAGACAGGAUAGAUGAAGUCAUUGAGUUCCCACUUCCAGGCGAAGAAGAACGUUUCAAGCUACUCAACCUCUAUCUCAACAACUAUUUGAAGAAGAAUGAAGAAAACAAAGACACAAAAUGGAGUCAUUUGUUUAAGAAGCUGUCGCAGAAGAUUAGAGUUGAAGAUGACUUGACUGAUAAAGUGAUCUCUGAGGCUGCGAGGAAGACUGAAGGAUUCUCUGGCCGUGAGAUCGCGAAGCUCGUGGCUGGAGUACAAGCUGGAGUGUACGGAAGGAAGGAUUGCGUGUUAGAUUCUCAGCUUUUUAAAGAGAUUGUUGAGUAUAAAGUUGAAGAGCAUCACCAGAGGAUUAGGCUUGCUUCUGAAAGUUGUCAGCCAUUGCUCUUCUCUUAAGCCAUUCUUUUUGGUUUAUAUUUGUUGUUUACUAAGUUAAAAAUCACAAAUUAAAUUCUUUAAUAAAAAUAUUGUGGUGAAACAAUUUGGAUUCUUAUUUUAAAGAUUUUCUACAGAAGCAAGAAAUUUAUUGAGAAGUUUAUUGUA